AUGAAUUCAUCAAAUAUUUGCUGCUUAUUAUUGUGUUUCCUGUUCAUUUUGAAUGCACAUCAGACAGCUGCAGCACCUGUCGUUCUCGAAAUGACGACAAACUUUGCACCUUCAAUAGUGUCCGUUGAUGACAAGAUACAAGAUGGAGCACACGAACAACUUAGUGAAAAAAAAGUGAAACGUCGUUGCGGAAAAGUCAAUCUUGCCGGUAACUUUGGCUCUGGAGACGUCAACGUUGACGUAGAAGGCUUUGGUAUCAUCAAUGGCCGUAUAAAUGGCUGUUAA